AGACUGGCCACCAUCCUUACACUUACAGAGCGUGAAAAUGUUCAGUUUAAAAUACAGACUGUCUACUAAAGUCAUUGUAUGGUCGAGAUCAACCAAGGUUAUGUGAAUCUUAUUUUGUAUUAGUGGAUUUGUUUCGACCGUCUUACAUAAAGUCCUCGAUGUAUCUGAUGUAAAUUGUUUUCAAUUGGUUUGAACAUUACUCUGGUAACUUAAUAGGAAAUAACCUCAAGAAUAACUUGGUCUGGUAUCUGUUGAGGCGAUCAUAUAUUGUCAAAGACUCCACCUCUGAAGUAGAGAGCAGCCUUCCUGGAGCUCAGUUAGACAUCACAGAGCUGUGAUCAUACGCACCACCAUGAAACAGAGCCUGAUAACAGCUCUAAUUCUCUGCAGCAUCAGCUGGAUCUCUGUCUCAGGUUCUGAGUCUCACACUGAGACUGUGGAGGGUCGGCCGGGUGGAGAAGUCACACUCACAUGUUCUAACAGGUCCAGCCGAGACACUCCAACACUCUGGUUGAGAGUGUUCAACAGAACCAAGGCCAGCUUUAUCUCUGCGAUAUUCAGCUCUACAGUAAAAACUUUAUACAGUGAUGGAAUUCAAAAUGGAAGAUUCAACAUGAGUACCAACAUCUCCACUCUCUUUCUCCAAAUCAAACAUGUGGAUGUAUCUGACUCUGGACUGUAUUUAUGUGGAUUUUACAUCGGAGGACCUUUUCAUUUCAACGCAAUAUAUUUCAAUGUUAAAGCACAUUUUAUCAUUUUAAAACAAGAGAGUGAUACCAUUUUUCACGGUAAAAUCAGACAUGAACUUAUCUUGAUUUUGUUAAAAGGCAGUGAUGAUUCUCAUGAUGACGCUGACAGGAAGUCUGAAAGCAGCGAUGAAUCUCAUGACGACGACAGGAAGUCUGAAACAGAGUCUGAUGGAACAGCAAAGCUGAUGAGUUUGAUCCUGGGAGCUCUGACUGUUCUCCUCUUAAUGAUCAUCAUUGGUCUGGUUGUUAAAAACAGGAAACUUCAGAAAGCUGCCAAUGAAGAACAGAAUCCACAACAGCCUGAGAAUCUGGACUCUGACCUGAAAGAUGCAGCUCUGAGUUUGUAUGCAGCAACAAUAAGGAACAGGAGGCCUGCAUCAGAGAGAGAAGUGGAGACUCAUGCUGUUUAUGCUGUCUGCAGAUAGACUCGGAGUGGAACUGAUGCUUUAUCAUAUUCAUCUCCUGCUGUGUUCUUUUGUGGGUGAAUGGGGAGGAGUUACCCUUUUCUCAUUGAAAAAAAAUGUCAAAUGAAAUCCCUAAAUGUGAUGUUUUUUAAAGGGCUUUUACUCUCUUCUCUCUCUCUCUCUUACUCGGUCUUGCGAGUCUUAUGACUGUGGUGACUGUCCAGAUAGACUAUAGUAAGAUCAGGGGUCAGCAACCUUAUGGCCUACCAUACAAUGGAAGACUUUGAAAAGACUAAAGUCUGACACCAUCUCACAUCUCAAAACAAUCAUCUCACAUCUAACGUUAAAGACAUGUCAUAAUAUGUAAAGAUUGGGGAUCUUGCAGGUUCACACAUUGCACGACAACUAAUGUUAGAUUUGUUUUGAAAAAUUUAACCAAGCUAGCUAGCUAC